CCAAUCUUGGAAAAUUCAUAUGGAAGCAGGAGUUGGGCAUGCGGCACGAAUCUAAGUAUAGGACGAAGCUUCAGAAGAGGCCGGAAUCUGGUGGUAAAGUCCGUGCGAACAGUAUCAACUUGCGACUUGCUUCCAAUUUUUGAUACCGUUCGCUCUCGACUGCUCAUUACUGACAGUCCAUCUGUAUCGAAAUUCAAGGGAAUCGAAAACACUUCCAAGUAAGGUUGUUAUCUCACGAUCCGGAUCUUCGGCAUGGCUUCUCACGCCGCUCGAGGCAAAAAGGCACUGGAAGCAAAGGAAUACGAUGCCGCCAUUCAAGCCUAUACCGACGCUAUCAAGGAGUUUCCAACAUCGCCCGACUACUUCAUUCAACGUUCCACGGCGUAUCAACGAGCUCAAAAAACCGAUGAGGCAUUACGUGAUGCUGAGCAAGCAGUCGUGAAUGCUCAACAACGAGGCAAGAAAGACCUUAUCAUCGAGGCACAACAGCGUCGCGGAAUUGCACUGUGCCAGCUCGGCAGAUACGGCGAUGCCCAAUAUGUGCUCAAUCUAGUGAAGGAGAAGUCGCCAGAACACAAGAAUGCUAUCAUGUGGCUCAAUAAGAUCGAAAUAAGCCUGCGGAAACUGGAAGCCGACGAUGAGCGCCGAAAGGUCACUGCAACGGAGACUCCCAUCAUUGAAGCCAACGAAUCGAAAGUAACUGCCCCAGGCACAGCUGGUGGACAAGAUGCUCCGUCGUCGGCGUCUACCACGGUACUUCCGAUAGCAUCAGCACCUCCUGCGCCCCAACAAACGCCUGCCAGCAAGAUCCGCCACGAAUGGUACCAGAAUACCGAACACAUUUACUUCACUCUCCUCGCCCGCGGAGUGCCCAAGGAUCAAACCGAGAUCGAGACCACAUCCACCUCCCUUAGCAUCUCCUUCCCUCUCGUCACCGACUCGACAUACGAGAUGACGCUAGAUCCAUUAUACGCGCCGAUCCUCGCCGAAAAGACCAUCACCAAAGUCAUGCCCAGCAAAGUCGAGAUCAUCCUCUUCAAAGCCCAAGCAGGCCAGAAAUGGCCUUCGCUAGAAGGCACCGAAGCCACCCACGCCACCGCCUCCGACAACAUCGAUGCCACCAGCACUUCCCACAACCCAGCCCCUCCCAAACCCAUCGACCGCCCACCCGCCUAUCCCACCUCCUCCCGCACCGGCCCCAAGAACUGGGACACCAUCACAUCCAACCUCAGCAAGAAAUCCAGCGAGACCGCCACCGCCGACGGCGCAACCACGGUCGUGGCCGAGGAGGACGACGACGACGACACGGAAGGCGGCGACGCGACGAACAACUUCUUCAAGAAACUCUACAAGAACGCGUCGCCCGAGGUGCGCCGCGCCAUGAUGAAGUCGUACACCGAGUCCAACGGCACGAGCCUCAGCACGAGCUGGGACGAGGUCAAGAAGGGCAAAGUCGAGACGUUGCCGCCGGAUGGGAUGGAGGCGAAGGAGUGGUGAAGAAGAUCGGAUGGCCUUUGUGGGAGGGAAAAUCACUCGUUUGCGUGAAGCUUUUUUGCUUGCUUCUGAGGGGGAGUUUCAGGAUGGAGCUAUUAGGGGGGGCACAUGGUGAACGAAUUAUGAGAAAUUGAUGUAGUGCUUGCUUUCAAGGUCAGUCUGGCCACAGAUUCCCAUAGCCCAUAUUAUUGAAAGGAUAGGACGCAAAUUGGAGCCGCGGCGUGUCGUCUGGCCGUCGUACCGAGAUCCUCGAAAACCUUGACGCCCUAUGGCAUCCUUGUCUUGGUCUCUCCGCUCUCUGCUUGACGAGAAAAAAAUCCACGUAGCGGCAAAAUCCACGUAGCGGCGUAGACGAACCGGAGGGGUAGUGUUCCUAUGAUCCGCUUCCGUUGUAGGACCGCGGUGUGAAACCCGCGUAGGAUCAAUCGUCACAUACACUCGACGCAGAUACCUUGC